CGUGGCUAUGGCGGUGAUGGCGAUGGCGGCUGCGCUGCGGGGACCCGGCGGACGCUUCCGGUGGCGGACACAGGCCACGGCGGGCGGGGUGCGGGGCUCGGCACGGGGAGCCGCAGCAGGGAGGCAGGACUACAAUCUCCUGGUGAUUGGCGGGGGAUCUGGCGGCUUGGCUUGUGCCAAGGAAGCCGCUCAGCUGGGAAUGAAGGUGGCCGUGGUAGACUAUGUGGAGCCUUCCCCCCGAGGCACCAGGUGGGGCCUAGGCGGCACGUGUGUGAACGUUGGCUGCAUCCCCAAGAAGCUGAUACACCAGGCAGCGCUGCUGGGGGGUAUGAUCCGUGACGCUCCCCACUACGGCUGGGAUGUGGCCCAGCCGGUCCUGCAUGACUGGAGGAAAAUGGCAGAAGCUGUUCAGAAUUAUGUGAAAUCCCUGAACUGGGGGCACCGGGUCCAGCUUCAGGAUAGAAAAGUCAAGUACUUUAACAUCAAGGCCAGCUUUGUCAAUGAGCACACGAUUUGCGGUGUCACUAAAGGUGGGAAAGAGACUUUGCUUUCCGCGGAGCAUAUCGUCAUUGCUACUGGAGGGCGGCCAAGGUACCCCACCCACAUCGAAGGUGCCUUGGAAUAUGGAAUUACAAGUGAUGACAUCUUCUGGCUGAAGGAGUCCCCUGGAAAAACGUUGGUGGUCGGAGCCAGCUAUGUGGCCCUAGAGUGUGCUGGCUUCCUCACUGGGCUCGGACUGGACACCACUGUCAUGAUGAGAAGCAUCCCCCUCCGGGGCUUUGACCAGCAAAUGUCUUCCUUGGUCACAGCGUACAUGGCCUCUCAAGGCACCAGGUUCCUGAAGCACUGUACCCCGUCAAGAGUGCAGAAACUUCCAGAUGGCCAGCUCCAGGUCACCUGGGAGGACCUCACCUCUGGCAAGGAGAACACGGGCACCUUCAGCACUGUCCUGUGGGCCAUAGGUCGAAUUCCAGAAACCAGAAGUCUGAAUUUGGAGAAUGCUGGAAUAAACACCAACCCCAACAGUCAGAAGAUUCUGGUUGAUGCUCAGGAAGCCACCUCUGUCCCCCACAUUUAUGCCAUCGGAGACGUAGCAGAGGGGCGGCCUGAGCUGACACCCACGGCUAUAAUGGCAGGAAAACUCUUGGCCCGGCGCCUGUAUGGUCAGUCCUUAGAUGUGAUGGAUUACAGCAACGUGCCCACCACAGUCUUCACCCCGCUGGAGUAUGGCUGCGUGGGGCUGUCAGAGGAGGAGGCCAUGGCUCGCCACGGAGAAGAGCAUGUGGAGCUGCUGCUCUCCACCUCCACCCUGCCCCACCUGGCCCUGCCCUCGGGUACCUCCACCUUCCUGCCACCCCUGCCUCGGUUCCUUAUCUGAGAUUCGUCCAGCGCUCACAGGCCCCCAAUAGCCCAGACUUGGUACUCAGCGCUCACUGGCCCCCAAUAGCCCAGUAACCAGGUACUCACCCUAGAGGAAGGCUGCUUCUGGAAUCUGUUCAGCUGGCCUGCUGUGGCCUGGGGUGGCCCCAGGAGGUGCCCCAGGUGGCUCAGCAGGAUGCAGGAGCCUUUGAAACCUGCCAGGCUGUGCAUGCUGAGAGCCUUCCGUGUGGCUUCAUCUUGCUACUGCAGCAGCUUGCAGACGGACCAGGAGAAACCAGACCCCGUGUGGCCACCAAUGUGGGCCUGGUGUCCUUUGGGAAUGAGUCACUGGGUUCCAGGGCCUGCCCCUUGCCCCAGCGCCCCGGUCCCCUCCAUCAACGGGCCAUGCCUGACAGGCCGGCCUUCCCCCCAGCACUGUAUUUGCUAUUUUUGUUUGAUUCAUCACAAGUACAUGGGGACAUAUGUUCAUGGCAUUCUAUAAUGUUGUUUUAUGUUUCACAAUGUUGAAUGGCCAAAUACCCUUUGUUUGUUUUCUUUUCAAUUCUGUCUUAGUUAGAACAAUAUUCUCUGAAGUUCCAUUAAUUAAUAAUGGCUGUGCAGCACAUGUGAGCGCCCUGCUCAUUUUUUACUCGGCCGCAGCCCCGAACACGCUGUCGAACCCUUCUCGGGUGCUGAAAGCCUUUGUCCGACAGCUCCAGUGUGGCCCGGGGGCCUCCCUACAUCUGCCUCCCCCUCUUUGCUCAAGUGAGGGCCCAGCAAGCACCAGAGUGCCCUCAGGAGGCCAGAGAGCCACUGGGUGGGCUGGACAUCCCCUUCCAAUGUCCGCAGUCACCCCGUCCACUCUGCAACAUCCACCUGGUGUGUACUCCUGGGGGCACCGUGUCCUAUGUUGAGCCUCAGACUGUGACUUGUCACAGUGGACUGCACUUAGCCAAUCUGGUGCCCACUUUGCUACUGUGAUCGGUAGGGGUCUUGGGCCUGGAUUGAAGAGGGUCUGUCCUGCAGACAGUGUGGCUCCAGCCACAGUCUACCUUUGUGUGGGAGAGAGAGGGGUGCUAUCCAUGGCCAGCUGAGCCAUGUCCUUGCCCCAGACCACAACCUGCAGGCCAAGUGGGCAGUUCUGGGCUCCCACUACAUCCACGCAGUUCACUGGACCUGUAAAAUGCCUAUGAGGCUACUGACUCCAGGAAUCGUUAUCUUGUCACUUAGGUUUAUCAUGCAUAUUAUAAACCACUGGAGUUCACAGUGGCAGAACGGGAUGCAUCCCAGUGUUACAUAAAGAUGGUGUGCCUGCGGAAGCCCCCACAGCUGGUGCUGGGCCUGCACUUCCUCGGCCCCAAUGCAGGUGAAGUCACUCA